UUAAUAUAUAAUCAAGUCGGAGCAUGACUGGGGAUUUAAAUCCAUUUUAACCCUGUAGGAUUUUUAGUCGAUGUAAGUGGCCUUGUGUUUAGUUUAGUUUCUUUUGUGAUCAAGUGUUCCUCAUUAAUACACUUGUCUUCUUUCAAAAAGAAGCGUCCGGAAAUGCCAUCAUUGGAAGGAAAAAUCUAUGUAUCCUAUUUUACAUUAACAAGGAAGUGGAUAUUUUCACACUUAAUCUCUUCAGCAUUUUAACUAUGAAAUCGUUGUGCCGUGUGUCUAUUCAAUUAUGUUUCAAUUCGGAUUAAGUCGAUUGGGAAAUCUAAUUAAUUCUAAGUUAAAACUGCAACUUAUUAGGUCAGUUAAUUAGUUACUUGAAGCUUCUAUAGAAUGGAAUUGGAUAAAUUCUGGAAAGCCUUUUUGAUGAUUUGUGCUUUUACAUUUGGAUGGUUUUUGUGCAAUAUUGAAAAGGAGACUAAUAUUAAUGUGUUACACCACGGUCAGACGAUAUUGAAUGCUGGAAUCCGAAUAUUCAAAGGAGGGACAUCUGAAGAAACUAAGCAAAAUUUAAAUACAAGCGUUUCAAAAUUAAGAUUAAGUACCAGUGUCCCAAAUACUGAAAAAGGUGUUGGAACUUCAUUUAAAGGAAAUCGAAACGGGAGUUUUUCAACUGAAAAACCUGUCGCCCAGAAAAUCAAAGCAGCGAUUAGAAAUUCUACCCAAAACUCUCUAAUAACAAAGGCUAUCACAACACCAGCUCCACAAAUACUUCGAUUGUACGCAAGGAACGCUCAGCAAUGGACCAGGGACGAUCACACUUGUAAAGCUCUGCCUAAAUUUAUGCAGGCUGUUCUUCGAACUUCGGCUGGGUCACUCCCAAUCUUCAUUCAUAACCCAAAGAAUGACAUUCACGUUAGUAAUAGUAUUCACAAACAUGGUUCCUGGGAAGGGGGUUACAUAGAACUAGUCCUAACCUUUCUUAGACAAGAUCUAGACUUGCAGUUCUUAGAUCUUGGUGCCAAUCUCGGUGUAUAUUCAAUGGCGGUGGCUAAAUUCGGCAGGAAAGUCGUAUCAGUUGAUGCUUUAUCUAUAAACAUUCAGCGCAUGUGUGCAACAGUACAAACAAAUCGUUUUGAUAAUGUGCAGUUAGUAUAUAAUGCUCUGUCUGAUGUCCGUGAGGUUGUGUCCCUUGGCGUAGAUAAAGGCAAUAUUGGAGGGACGUUUGUGGCAAAAGACAAAAACCCAAACAAAGUCAGAGGAAGUCGUGUUUCCGGUAGCUAUGGCGAUGUUCAAACUGCAACUCUAGACGACCUCCUCGAACUUCCGGGUUUUGAUUUGAAAAAAGUAAUUAUAAAAAUGGACGUGGAAGGAUAUGAGAACAGGGUGUUUAAAGGAGGACAGAAGUUCUUCAAAAACGUCGACGUUAGAGCUGUGUUAAUGGAAUGGAUGUGGCUCAAAACGGGUCCGGCGGGCCAGGAAAUCAUUGAUUUUUUAAGUCGGCAUGGAUUCACACCGACCCGACCGGUACUAGCCCGGCAGCCAUUACCUCUGAACCAGAGACUCUCGUGGCCAAACGAUGUCUUAUGGAGAAGAUGACACCAGACGACGAACAGUUUAAACGCUGUGCAAUGUUGGUUAGGGAGAGGUCGUGUUUCAGCAAUUACUUAAAUUAUGGAUAGUACCAGUUUUGAAUAAUAAAUACUUUUUUGAAAAUCUCA